AUGGAUGUGCAUCCAUACGCCGCCGAUUCCUCCUCGCCGCAGGCAGCCCAACCCCUCCGCGGCCAGCAAGACACGGUGGCGCCCAUGGAAAUGGAAGCGACGCCGCCCCCUGCGGCGCCAGUGCCGCCGCCGGCCAUUUCGAGGCCGCGGUACAGCGGCACCGUGGAGAGGACCUUCCGGGAUUUCACCAUCCGCCGUGCUGCCCUCAUCCGCGCCGUGACGCAAGAUGAGAAGGUGUUAUUUCGGAAGUGCAACCCACGUAUGGAGUCCCUUUGCCUGUACGGCAACACUGAUGGGAACUGGGAGGUGCUGCCCCCGAAGUUGUUUGCGCCAUCAUCAGGGCAGCCUGAACCAAAGCUCGGCAUCAACCUGGUGAGGGAUAAGAUGCGACGCCUAAAGUGGCUUCAGCACAUCUCCGAGCACUCUGACGCAUGGCUCAUACGUAUCUCCUUCUUCCUUGCUGCAAAUUUGGAAGCUAGAGAACGACAGCGCUUAUUCACUAUGAUUAGCUCGCUACCAACUGUUCAGGAAACAUUCAUUGCUAGUGAGACCUAUCGCCGCUUAUGUCAUCUGGAAAACAUGAUUGAUGAAACUAAGGAUGAGGACGAAGGUUGUGGUCCGUAUCCAACUUUUUGCGCAAGCUGUGGUGAUCGCUACCUUGCAAAAGGAUUCUGGGUAAAGGUUGGUCAAGAAGAGCUCAUAAAGAACUUUGAGUGCCCUGAGUGCUGCGCUGAGAAGAGAGGACAUGAUUAG